CACGCUAGCCCCAGUUUAGCGUUAGUGGUCGUGCAUAUUUCCCCCAAUAUUUGCCGAAACCCCAUCCGUUCACUUCCAUCCUUUCCACUCCUUCUCUCUCUCUUUUCCUCUUCUCUUCAAUCACCAGUCUCGUGGGGACCUUCGACAGGAUAUCUCCUCCACCAGGAUCUCCACUGUUUCAGACCAUUCCGUCCGCCCGUCAUUUAGUGUCAUUUCCUUGUUGUUUCGUCUUCAUUCUUCUUCUACGUUCAUUCAGACUUGCCUACUGUAUAUAUAUACACGAAUUCCUAUCACUUUACGACUUUCCUCCCUCUAAAUAUCUUGUGAAACAACAAAGCCUUGCCCUGGAUAUAGUUGUGCCGGGUCGCCUAUAUCAGUUCCACCCCUCGCCUGUGUUUAUCGCGAACGCAUAUAUUUCGCCACGAGACAACCCCCGGUUCGAUUAACGAAACGUUCGAAGAUCAUACUGGAUAUCAUCGAGACAGAUUGCAAAGUCGGGCAUGACUGAAUAUGGCUUCAAGUGUUGUCGCCCACUGCCGCUUGAGAGAUAAAAACAAUCGAGUGGAAGUUGAACUCCUUUGAUCGUGAGAAAGGAUUGCGCCAUCCGGACGUCAUGGGCGACUCACUGUCGCAGGUGCCCGAGGGCCUCGUUGGUGGUUAUCAAGGAGGCCUUGCGGUGAAAAUCUUGAUGGUCGUCUUUAGCUCAAUCGCUCUGUAUAACGCCAUCGAGCUCAUCAUUCUAAUUUUCCUCGUCUUCAAUCAGUAUGCAGGACUGUACUUCUGGGCGAUGCUGUUGUCCAAUGUGCUCGGUGUCAUCCCACAUGCCGUCGGCUUUUUGCUAGAAUUUUUCGCGAAAGGACCAUUGUGGUUUGCGGUCACCCUCGCCACAAUCGGUUUCUAUUUCAUGGUUCCCGGGCAGUCGAUCGUCCUUUAUUCUCGGCUUCACUUGGUCGUGCAGAAUCUCAAGGUUCUUCGGCAAGUUCGGUACAUGAUCAUCUUUAACACCAUCGUUUUGCUGAUUCCAACAACCAUCCUGACCUACUGCACUAUCUAUGUGCGCACCGAACCGAUAAUCCGCGGUUACAAUGUGAUGGAAAGGAUGCAAUUGGCUUGGUUCUGUGCACAGGAGAUCUUGAUCUCUUGCAUAUAUAUCUGGGAGACGAUCAACCUUCUGCGGCUGCGGCCGGACAAAGAUCCCACCCGGAAGAAGAUCAUGUAUGAGUUGAUUACAAUCAACGUGAUCAUCGUGCUCCUAGAUGUGGCACUGCUGGUGUUGGAAUACGUCGGGUUUUACGCUCUUCAGACCACACUUAAAGCUGCAGUCUACAGCGUCAAGCUGAAGUUGGAAUUCGCCGUGUUGCGAAAGCUCGUCUUGCUCGUCAAUACUCGCCCCUCUGACACCAGUUCCACCGACCACGAAGAAUAUCCUAAUUUCGUGAAUCCGGAGCAACUGACGGGUGACAUUACGCAUGCGGCGCCCGUUCGCGCCCGGACUCGUUCUCGGUAUCCAUGGAGUGCCAUCUCAAUGGACAGCUUGGACCGGUCAGAGCGCCGAGGAUAUUCUUCUGAGACCACACGCCCGCCGUAACUCCACCUCCAUUCUAGUUUCUAUAUAUCAUAUCCAUACACUCUUUGCCCGCCGAAAACACUUGGAACAUACCGAGCGGGCUGAAAGACGGCUCAUCCGAACCGGGGAAAUAGCAUUUCUCCCGCGUGCGGCUCAGCGAGGCAUUUGCCGAGGCUGCAUAAGGACGGAUGACGGCCUUGUCAGGGUGCAGAUUCCCCGGUCACCACAGUAUCGGGCCAGUAGCAUAACGCUUCCCCAGCGGC